AUGGGCAUUUUUUUGAAGACGGCCACACUCCUCAAGGGAAAGAGCCCCCCAACAGUUGGUGAAAAUUACCACGGCGACGCUCAGAAGACGGAGCAGGGAUGCUUGUGUGGAGUGCACCAGAGGAGACUGUACCGGGACCUGAUGGAGAACUACACCCGUCUGGAGAGGCCGGUUCAGAACGACUCGGCCCCCAUCGUGGUGGAGCUGGGCCUCACGCUACUGCAGAUCAUUGAUGUGGAUGAAAAGAACCAAGUGAUGAUCACAAACGCCUGGCUCCAGCUGCACUGGACCGAUGUUUACUUGACGUGGAACCCAGACUUGUAUCCUGGCGUCCAAAACCUGCGCUUCCCGUCCAACCUGGUGUGGGUCCCGGACAUCCUCCUCUACAACAGUGCCGAUGAGAGGUUUGAUGCCACUUUCCACACAAAUGUUCUGGUCAACGCAUCAGGAGCCUGCCAGUACAUCCCUCCAGGCAUUCUGAAAAGCACGUGUUACAUCGACGUGCGGUGGUUCCCGUUCGACAUCCAGAAGUGUGAUUUGAAGUUUGGAUCCUGGACUCACGACGGCUGGCUCCUGGAUCUGCAGAUGAUGGACGUGGACAUCUCCACUUACAUCCCCAACGGAGAGUGGGAUUUAGUCGGUGUGCCGUCCAAGCGUAAUGAGCUGUAUUACGAGUGCUGCAAAGAGCCGUACCCUGAUGUGACGUUCACGGUCACCAUGCGGCGUAGGACACUGUACUACGGCCUGAACCUGCUCAUCCCCUGCGUGCUCAUCUCAGGACUGGCUCUGCUGGUGUUUCUGCUGCCGGCCGACUCCGGAGAGAAGAUAUCACUGGGCAUCACGGUGCUGCUGUCACUGACGGUCUUCAUGCUUCUGGUGGCAGAGAUCAUGCCAGCCACGUCAGACUCGGUUCCUCUCAUCGCUCAGUACUUUGCCAGUACGAUGAUGAUCGUGGGGCUGUCUGUGGUGGUGACUGUUCUGGUCCUGCAGUUCCACCAUCACGACCCACACGGAGGGAAGAUGCCCAAAUGGAUCCGUGUCAUUCUGCUGAACUGGUGCGCCUGGUUCCUUCGCAUGAAAAAACCUGGAGAGGACAGAAAAACCUCUGCUACCUCCAACACCACCACCUCCACCUUCAAAUACACCCACCCGCCUCCGCACCACACCAGCGCCAACAGCAUCCAAAUGACCGCCAUCCCGGGACAGGCCACCUCCGGCGCUCCGGCCACCACCAACGGAAACAUGAACCUGUACUUCGGAUACCACUCCAUGGGCACGGAUAACCCCACCUUCCCACUCAGCACGGAUUCCAGCGUCUGCGGAGUCGGGACCCAUCCGAGCGUCCCGACUCUGCACGAAUCCCACGCCGAGCAAAACCGGAUUCUACUCCUGGAGCAGAUCCCGGAAAUCUCGCGAAUCUUGGAGGAGGUGCAGUACAUAGCCAGGCGGUUCCGGGAGAAGGACGAGGGGGAGGCCAUCUCGAGCGAGUGGAAAUUUGCGGCGGCGGUGGUGGAUAGAUUGUGCAUCGUGGCGUUCUCGUUAUUCUCCAUCAUUUGCACCUUCACCAUCCUCAUGUCCGCGCCCAACUUUAUCGAGGCGGUUUCCAAAGAUUUCACAUAA